AAGUGAAACUGGCCUGAGAGCAGCUUGCGUUACAAUAUUUGAGGAUACUCCUCGGGCUGAAGUGCGUUUAUAAUCCUGUGAAAGGCAACUUUCAAAAUAAUUCCACCAAAAACCUGCUGCAAGAAAGAAAAUUAGCACAAACAAUGUUUGUGGAGGUUUGCCCGGAUACCAGAAAGAGAUCUGCAAACAAAUAACAUCAGUGAACAGUGAAGUGCAGAACCUAAAAUGGCAAGAUGUCCUUUAAUAUGACCAAUAACACGAUGGAGGAUUAACUUUGUAUGGUUUGUCCAUUUCAUACACAAAGAACAUUAAGCGGAGCCAUGAACAGUUCUAACGAGACGUCUGAUUCUAUUUCUAUUGCAGUGAAGACUUCAAUUUAUCUGGUUGAUUUUCUCAUCACUGCUGUUUGGAGCCAUGCAAUAACUAGUGCCGUGCAACAAGAAUUGGAAUUGAAACGAGAGACCAGAUAUAUCCUCCUGUGCCAACAUCUCAUCUACUCUUCCAUAUAUUUCGCCUUGGGCACCGUGACAAAUGGCUUGCGGCUCUUCAAGGUCGACUUACCGCGAUUUAUUUGCUGGAUUUUGCUCCCUGUACAAAUAACAUUCGCACAAUGCAUCAUGCUAACUUUAACCCUAAUGUCCUUGAAUGCUUGUCUGGCUAUCUGCUGGCCACUGCGGUAUUAUGCACUUGUUGGUUCCCCCAAAAGGAAAAUAACCGCAAUAAUAUGGAUAUUGGCAGUGCAGAAUCCAUUGUGGUCUAUAGUUUACCAAAGUCUGAAUGUGUCCUCCGCAUACAUUAUUGAAAAAGACCAUAGCUGCCCAAAUCCAAUGAAUGGAUUUGUUUCAAGGCAAAUUGCAAUUGCAUUUAUCCUACUGUGUUUUCUCAUGAUUGUAAUAAGUUAUUUGUUAAUAUACAGAGCAGGAAGACAAGCAGGACAUUUUGUGUCCUCAAAUAUUCAAGCCAGGAAUACCAUUCUCAUCCAUGGCUCCCAAUUAAGCUUUUUCAUUCUCCCGGUUUUGAUCACAAUAGGAAUAGGUAAAAAACCUAAAUUAACAGCACUGAAUCUAGCCAACACUGUCAUUUUCUCUGUCGCUCAGUGCCUUAGCCCCGUGAUUUAUGGGCUCAGAUGUAAAGAGCUUCGAAAUAAAUUAGCAACAACCAAAUUCUGCUGCUGUGCAUUUAAACACGGGAAGAAAAGUGCAAGGGCGAUGCGGCUGAGUGAAGUCCCUACCAUUAGCACCGUGACUGAUACCAGGAGCAGUCAAGUCUGCAAUCCCUGAUGAGUGUGUUGCUAUUCCUCUCAGGUAGCAGUGCAGUAUUUCAUCGAAGCUUAGAAUGAGAAAUUGUUCAGGCCAUUGGUAGGAACAAUCCAAUUCAUCCCGCUUGCCUGACUGUUACUUCAAAGCCUGCAAAAGGGGCAAAGAUGUCUUCAAUUAUUUAACCUUUUUAAAAACAUUAUCAUUGAGUCCACCACUGUUCCACCGUUCUUUCCAGCAGUAUAUUCCCAGUCACUACACUGAAAAUGUUCUUUUAACCUAUCCCCUUUGACCCCACUUCCCUCCCCGUAUUGUACUGGUAAAAUAUUGUUAGUAAUGUUUUAAAACUGUGGAAAAUAGGUUUGUUUUAAUAAAUAGUCUAGAUGUUUACACUGAACAAAAUUAGCAAUAAGGUGAAUAUUAUUUCAGCAGUUUGUUGAGGCAAGUAGUUGGCAGAGCUGAAUUUCAUGUCUUGUGAGUCUGAAGAAGUGUUUUGACCCAAAACAUCACCUAUUUCCUUUUCUCCAGAGAUGCUGCCUGACCUGCUGAGUUACUCCAGCAUUUUAUGUUUAUCUUCGGUGUAAACCAGCAUUUGCAGAUCCUUCCUACAUUUCAUGUCUUGCCAGCUUAGUACUCAUCUCUGGCUGGAGAAAGCAGCUCUUUGAAACUGAAACACAAGCAUUCUGUUUAAUUAAACGGACAAGCAAACACUAGCUGAAGGAAGACCCCGUGAUGUUAGCAAGAAAGACAACAAAGGAGAAAAUAACAUGUUCAUCUUCAAUAUAUUCCUCCAGACAAAG